AUCAUUUCUGCCACUGUGGACAAUAACAAAAUGCUCCUGGACAUCGAUAACAGCAAGAUGACCGCUGACGACUUCCGAAUGAAGUAUGAGAACGAGCUGGUCAUCCGUCAGACUGUGGAGGCCGAUAUUAACGGGCUGAGAAAUCUCCUGGAUGACCUGACUCUGACUAGAUCUGCACUGGAAUCCGAGCUGGAGUCCCUGAAGGAUGAGCUGAUUGCUCUUAAGAGAAACCAUGAGGAGGAAAUGAGACAGCUGGAGUCCCAAACUGGUGGUGAUGUGAGCGUGGAGGUCAACGCUGCCCCGGGCGAAGACUUGACAAAGAUCCUGAAUGACCUGAGGAAUGAGUACGAGCAGAUCAUUGAGAAGAACCGCAGGGAGGUGGAGCAGUGGUACGAAGUCAAGAUCGAAGAAGUCAAUCGGCAGGUCACUUCCAGCAGCCAGGACAUCCAGACAAGCAGCCACCAGCUCACCGAGUUGAGGCGCGAAAUGCAGAACCUGGAGAUCGAGCUGCAGGCGCAGCUCAGCACGAAAACCUCUCUGGAAAACUCCUUGGCAGAAACCGAAUCUCGCUACGGCUGCCUGCUGCAGCAAAUCCAAGUGCAGAUUAACUCCGUAGAGGAGGAGUUGGCCAGCAUCCGCUGCGAAAUGGAGAGUCAGAACCAGGAGUACAAGAUGCUCCUGGGCAUCAAGACCCGCCUGGAACAGGAGAUUGCUCAGUACCGGGCCCUGCUGCAGGAGGGACAGCAUGACAUCAGUGCCUCCCAAGGAGCUUUCCAAGGAGGUGGAAAAGCCUCCCAUUCAUAUUCCUCGACUUCCUACUCUCAUACCCAGUGUGGUGACAUGACAGGUAAGACAACACCUU